AUGGCCCCUUGUAUAUGUACUAUGCUCAUUCAUCGUGAUCAGGCGAGGGAACUUCAUCAGAUACUGGAAGAAUAUUUCAUGACAGCUAUAGAAAACAAACGGGUCACUAAUCUCUUAUUGACUGGCAUUAGUACUGUCCGGGGAUUGUGUUGGAUACUCAUUCCCACUAUCUUUGUCAUGAUGGGGAUAUACACGGCAACUCCCAUCUGGAACGUCCUAAUCCAGAAACGCCAUCACAUCGAGCCUGUGACAUAUUCCCUAAUCUAUCCCGGAAUAUAUCCCUGGAAUAUUUCAAAUGGAACGAUAUAUCGAAUUCACUAUACUAUUGAAACAUUCGCCUCGAUCACCAUAUUCAGCGUUUCGUGUGGAAUCGAUGCGCUUUUCGCUUAUUACGUGUUUCUCAUGAUCGGACAACUGCGGAUGAUGGGAUACAAGUUGACGCGACUUGAUGAGCAAAAGAAUAUUGAAAUUGUUGUAAAAGAAUGUGUACGAGAAUAUGAAGUACUACUGAGGUGCCGGAAUUCGGUGGAAGAUAUCUUUGGGCCUAUCAUAUUGUGGAUGAUUGGAACAACGGCUGUUGUCCAGUGCGCCUUAAUAUUCCAAUUAUUUCAGGUGAAAAUUCUUAUUCUUGUUUUUUAUUACGUCUCAAUUCUUCUCCAGAUCCCAAUGCCAUCAGUUGGGUCGAAGAAUCGACAUUCAAUAAUUUUUCAGAACGCGAGAAACAUAACGAUAGCACGAUGGAUCUUAAUCGUUUCCCAUUUAAUCCCGAAAGUCACGCAGACCUACAUCUACAGCUGGUCCGGAUCAUGUUUGAUCGCUGAGGUGAAGAGAAAAUUAUUCCACUUAUUAUUUUGGAAUGCAAAAUGGAAUCUCUUCACUUUGAAUCACUUGGAUUGA